AUGGAAAAGUAUAGCGCUUACCGGGUACGUUGGUUGUUCGAUCUAUUUACGGCGCUGCGGAAUUCAAGAGUUUCAAUUCAGCCUUUCCUCACCCCAAUACCUUCACCCAGCUCCCAUUCGGCAGUCUUGUCAGCGGCUCUUUUACCAAUUCGAUAUGUAGUAGGGCUUGUUCGUCUGGCUCUCAUUUUCAUCUUGGCAAUCGUCUAUGUUCUCGUUGUUACUGUUUUUGCGGUAAUACCGCCAUUAAAACGCCCCGUAUCGUCUGCAAUUAUUCGCACAGUACUAUUCUGUUUAGGGUUUUUUUGGAUUCCAACUGAGAUGGUUUCCAAAAAACGAGGACGAAGCCAGAAAUCUACAGAUGAUUGGAAUCCUAGUGCUGGUGACUUGAUUAUCUCAAAUUGGGCUUCGUGGGUUGAGCUUUUGUGGCUUGCAUACCGAUUUGAUCCUGUUUUUGUAAUACCUAUACCAGAAUCCCCUGUUCAGAAACCGUCUUCUGUCACGUCCUCUCCAAUAUCAAGUACACCUGGACGCCGUUCAGGGAGAAGCAGCAUGCCUGGCAUUGCAUCUUCCAGUCGAACCCCCUCUUCUCAAAUUCAGAUAAUCGGUUUUACCCCGGUAUCUUUAUUCACCUUGCUUAAAGAGACGGGCAGAGCCCCUCCGUACACGUCUGUAACUGGCGCCACAACGACGCGUUCGCUGGACGAGAUACGGAAAACAUCAGGCAGACCUGUCGUUGUUUUCCCUGAAUGUACCACGAGUAACGGGCGAGGCUUGUUACGGUUCGCAGAACUGUUCAAACAAACUUCUCUUCCUGUCAAGGGAUAUGAUGUGUUCAUCAUGUGUGUCAGAUAUGAUCCACCAACCGGACACUCGCCCACAGUCACGUACUCUAUUCCUUCGUCUUCUUCCUUCAAUCCGCUUUCCCAUGUCUUCACACUGGCAUCUUCUCUGACUAUACCCGCGCUGACCAUCAGACUGCUCACUCAAUCCGAAUCGCCGAGUUCUCCUACAUUUCUGGUAAAUGAGAUUGUCGGGGUUUCUGCGCGCGAUGAUUUACUUACUGAAGCCUCCGCUGUCCUGAUCUCACAAUUGGGUAAGUUCAAGAGAAUGACAAUGGGAUGGGAGGAUAAAGUGAGAUUCUUGGAGUUUUAUGGGAGUAAAAGUACAUAG